AUCCUGCCUGCGGUCACACCGCGGAAAAAUGUCGAAGGCGCGCGUUGCUCGCGUUUCUUGAGUUCUUGAUUCUCAUGAAAUUGACAACAAAUUCGCAACAAGUGCGGUGAUCUUUGUUAUUCUCUGCUCUUCGCCCGUCUUGAAAUCGCAGUGUGUGUGCGGUUGUCGAUUUGAUUCGUUUCGAUUUGGUCAGUCUCGCGAUUUCGAUUUCUCCGCAACAUUUGUAUUCGCAUUUCCCUGCGCACUUGGCUAUCUUAGACGCCGACGUCGACUGCGCAGCCGCCGCGCCGCGACGUGAAAUGUGCAAUAACAAGUUAAACAACAACUACGUAGCAGCAACAACACAUCGACAGAGUUAACCAAUAUUUAAUUGCGGGCUUAAUUAAAUUAGCCGGCCCCACAGUGCAGUGCAAAAGUGCGCAAGACUAAAAAAAGGAGGACAACGCCGCUCAUUCUUCGCUCCCACUUGGAAUUCAAAGCUGGAUAAAUUGGAUUAAACCGGGCGACAAGAAAUUAAAAGUACGAUAGUUCAUAGCCCCAACAAAACGAGGCCCAAACGACGUCACACUGGAGUCACAACACGAUCUAUUCUUCCAGAACUGAGACGAGACUUUCCCCAACCUGUACAGUAUGUCACAUGAUAAGAAGAUGUUGGAUCGCGAGGCAGUACGCUCAGUGAUACAGCAAUGGAAUGCCAAUCGAUUGGAUCUAUUUGCUCUCUCCGAGCCAGACGAGAACCUGCUCUUCCAUGGCGUUAUGCGCUUCUACUUCCAAGAUGCUGGCCAGAAAGUGGCCACCAAAUGCAUUCGCGUGGCUUCCGAUGCCACUGUCACAGAUGUCAUAGACACACUCAUUGAGAAAUUCCGUCCCGAUAUGCGGAUGCUAUCCGUGCCCAACUACGCCCUUUACGAAGUGCACGCCAAUGGCGAGGAGCGUCGUCUCAAUGCCGACGAGAAGCCACUGCUGGUGCAGCUGAAUUGGCAUAUUGACGAUCGCGAAGGUCGAUUCCUGCUCAAGAACAUAGACCAAAAGACCACUCCCAUCGAGCAGACAGAUCUAAACUUUAAGAGAAAACUUUCGAAGCGAGAGAAAAAGGAGCAGAAGAAAAAGGAGAAGAUGGCAAAGCUGAGCUCUGAUCCGCCCACCUCGAAUGGCAGUCAUCUGGGCUUGGGAAAUGGUGUUGGAGCAUCCUCGGGAUCUGCCCACAUGAAUGGAAACGCCGGUGGAACUGGAGGCGACAGCAGCGAUGCAGUGGCAGGAAAACUGUACACGGAACUACCAGAAACCUCGUUCACCCGAUCGAUCUCAAACCCGGAGGCCGUGAUGCGGCGGCGCCGGCAGCAGAAGCUCGAGAAGAAGCUGCAGCAGUUCCGUUCUAGGGAUGGUGGUCCCGAUACCGGUGGCACGUUGAAGAUUUACGGCGAGAGCCUCUGUCAGGACGUGCCCUACAAGACGCUGCUGCUUUCCAUCCGGGAUUGUGCGCAGGCUGUUGUUCGGGAAAUGCUCACAAAAUACGGUCUAGAAAAGGCCGAUCCCCUGCACUAUUGCCUGGUUCAGGUCAACAGCGACGGAACAGAAUAUAUACUCGACGACGACGAGUGCCCGCUGUCGAUACUGAUGAACCAUCCGACGUCACGAGGCUCCAUCAUGUUCCAUGUGCGGAGACGUCCGGCGGACUCACAGCCCCGGAGGAGAAAGAAAAAACCACUGGGCGCGGCCAACGGGGCGAACCACAUAUCCGGAGAUCGGGAGGGACCCGUCCUGGUGGAGGUGACGCACAGCGGCGACGGCGGCCGGCGGAUUAAGUUGGGCAGCGACCCGGUGGAGGUGGGGUCGGCCAACACUAACUGCCUGCAGCUAUUCGGACCCUCGAUCCAGCCGAGGCACUGCCUCAUUUCGCUGCUGGAGGGGGUUUGCACCGUGACCCCGCUGCACACCGAUGCCCUGACCUUUGUCAAUGGCCACCACAUUAGUCAGCCGACCAUUCUGCAUAACGGAUCGGUGGUAAUGUUCGGACGGGUGGCCUCGUACCGCUUCCUCGAUUCCCCCACCGACGGGCGCUACAACCUGGCUCUGUCCCAAUCCCAGCUGGACUCGGCAUGUCUCUACGAAAGCCGCUCGCCCACAUCCCCGGGAUCCUGGAAUGACGAGGAUGGAGCCUUGAGUUCGACACACAAAAGCGACUACGACCACCACCAGCAAGCAAACCAUUCCAGCGCCUACCACAAUAAUAAUAACAACUCCAGUGAUCAUCCUCUGAGCAGCACGCUGCGGGACGUGGUGGACAGCAAGGCUGGACAGGAUCAGGGGGCCAAUUCGGGCAACUACGACGGUCAAAGUCUGGAGGGUAAUUUGGAGAACGAAACCAAGUCGAUUUCCAGCUUGAAGUCAGGUGGUUCCAACAGCCAAGAUCGGUCGCCCAAAAUGACCGGCUCUGGCAUUUUGGCCGGAGGGGGCAGCGGUUCUGGCGACACCCAGGGACAGGAGCCCAUCCUGCCGGCUGUCCUGGAGUUCCCCGAAACUCACCAGGAACUCUUUCUGCGCCACAUUAUCAGCGAACUGGACGUGAACGUUCCGCACUUUAAGCUGGCACCCGUCUACUCGCUCUACCUGUGUGCUAGAUAUCGAGCGUCCACACAUUACCGCCCGGAGUUGCAGCCCACGGAGCGUGCCCACAAGCUAACCAUGUUCCUGCACCAUGUGGCUAAUCUGGUCUACAGCGUAGUCCAGGAGCAGUACACGGAUCCCCGAAUCCUGGCAUUUUGGAUGGCCAACAGCUCGGAGUUCCUGCACUUCCUUAAAUCGGAUCGCCACAUCAGCGCGUUUAGUGUUCAGGCUCAAGAGGUUUUGGCCGAGGCCGUGCAGACUGCGUUUCGCAACCUGGUCAACUGCUUUCGAUUGGAACUCUCGCAAACUCUUAACCAGUUUCUCUCCGAGAACAUUGAUCAUGACUCCGCGGCGGGUCUGGUACUGACUGUGCUGGGAUCGGCGAUGGCUCUUCUCAGACGAUGCCGUGUAAAUGCAGCCCUAACGAUCCAGUUGUUUUCGCAGCUGUUCCACUACAUCAAUGUCAUAUGUUUCAAUACGAUUGUGGCAAACUCUCAGAUGUGCACAGGUGACUGGGGCAAGGUAAUGACGGAGCGGCUUCAGUUGCUGGAGCUGUGGGCAGAACGGCAAGGAUUGGAAUUGGCGGCGGAUUGCCAUUUGGCCAAGAUCAAUCAGUGUGCUCAGUUUUUGCAAGCACCAAAAUCCUCAGUGGAGGAGAUCCAGCAGUUAGCCUGCUCCUGCUUCCGUUUAAACUCCCUUCAAAUGGCAGCGCUGCUGCAGCAAGAAAAGCUUCCCCGCAACCUGGUUGAUACCGCCAUAAGGAUGGCGGAAUCUGUGGCAGACGAACUAACCCGUGCCGAUGGGCGAGAGGUUCGGUUGGAAGAAUCGCCAGAGCUUCACUUGGCGCUUCUGCUGCCCGACGAUGGAUUCAGCUGUGAUGUGGUGCGGGGCAUUCCCACCGGUCUCGUCGACUUCCUCAAUCCUCUCCAGCAGCAGGGCAUGUGCCGACUGGCGGCCCAACCCACCUCCAUUGGCCUUUGGACGGUCUAUAUGCAUCAGUUUAAUGCUCGCAGUUCCAGUGCCAUGUCUAACAAACUUCCGCAACCGGAAUUGCAGCUCAUUAAGCUACACAAGAACAGCAACGGCAUGGGCUUAUCCAUCGUCGCGGCCAAGGGAGCUGGUCAGGAGAAGCUGGGUAUCUACAUCAAGAGUGUGGUGCCUGGCGGAGCGGCAGAUGCAGAUGGACGUCUGCAAGCUGGGGAUCAGCUGUUGCGGGUGGAUGGGCAAAGCCUGAUUGGCAUCACCCAAGAGAGGGCUGCGGACUACCUGGUGCGAACGGGUCCUGUGGUCAGUUUGGAAGUGGCCAAGCAGGGAGCCAUCUAUCACGGGUUGGCUACACUACUUCAGCAGCCUAGUCCUGUGAUCCAGCGUGGUAAUCGCCGUAUGUCCGAACGCGAUCUGACGCGGAUGGGCGGUGCCGAAUCGACCAAAUCUCUGGGUCCACUGAUAGCCAACAACCAUCCGAAUCACAGCCUUAGUCUUAGCCAACAUCUGAACAACAGCCACAACAACACCCUAGGCAAUAGCAACAAUAGUAGCAUCAUCAAUCCCCUAGCUGCACACCUGCCCAACAGCAAAUCGGUGCCGGCUCUGCAUCACCACACGGGAUCGGGUACCAUAUCCUUGGCCAAUUCCAAGUCACGCAGCACGCAUAGUUUGCAUAACAAUACAUCUGGCAUGGGCGGAAUCGGCGGAGCAGCAGCAGGAGGAAUGCUGGGUCAGCCAAAUGGCAGCCAGAACAAUGCAAAUGGAAAUGGAAAUGGCAACGAGCAGGGAUUCUAUCAGAAUCUCAGCGUGUAUCGGGCGCAAAAUCAGAGCCAACCGAUUUUGAACGAAAGACCGCCGAUUGCCGCACAUGCCGCCAUGAACGCUUACAAUGGCAGUUCCCCGCUUGCACCGCAGCAGCAACCACAGCAGCAACAGCAAUCGCCAUACCAGCAGCAGCAGCAGCAGCAACAUAUGCAGGCCAAUGCUAACCUCCCGCCCACGCGACCCGUCUCUGCCUAUUACCACAGCCAGCAGUCGGCGCAGCAGCAGCUGCAGCAACAACAGCAGCAGCAGCAACAACAUUCCCUGCAGCAGCAACAGUUCGCGCUCAGCAGUGGCAAUCUCAAUGGCCAGCAACAGCAACAGCAACAGCACCAGCACCAGCACCAGCUCACCUUGAACAACCGCACCAAGAGCCAGCAGAACUUCCAGCACACUCUUCGCAUGCAGCAGAUGAUGGCUCCCUCCAUGCCUAACAUCAGCAACAUGUACCAUCACCAGCAGCAACAACAGCAACAGCUGCCCCUGCAACAGCAGCAGCAGCAGCAACAGCAACCUCUGAUGAGCAGCAGUCAGAGCAUGCAGAAUGUGAACGAUUUCGCAGGUGGCUAUCAGAAUGGCAGUUUGGAGUACAGGCGCAGUCAGCUCCAUGAUCCAUCCACGCUCUACGAAAUUCAGCAGCAACAGUUGCAACAGCAACAGCAACAGCAACAGCAACAGCAACAGCAGCAGCAGGCAUCGCCGAAUUUUAUAGCCCUGCCCCCUAAACCAUUGGGCAGCUUACAGUCUCCCAAUAAACCAAAUGUUCCACCAAGUACAGCACCAAAACCGCAGCAGGACAAGCCGCCUCUACCGCCUACAGCAACGCAUCCGCUGUUCAAAGCCACGCAGCAGAUUGCUCCGGGAAUGAACUACGUAGCCAGUACAUUGGAUCCGCCAAAGGGCAGCUAUGUGGCGUCCAAUCAAGGGAACAAUCGUCCCCUUCACAGCGGUAGCAAUCCAUGGGAAAGGGAGGAGCGUGAGAAGGAUUUAGAGAUGCGUCGCGAACACAUUCGCCAGUGGCGGGAGCAGCAGAUAUCAGAGCUGUCCCAGAUCGUAUCCCGUUCCCCAAUGCAAGAGGAGCAACUGAAAACCCUGAUACUCGAGCGCGACUUUGAGCGAAGAGCACAAGAACUACAAGAGCAAGAGGAACAGGAUCAGGAACAGCAGUACGACAAGGAGAACGUCCAGGAGUUGUUCAGAUUGGCUGGCGGCGGUCAGGUCAGUGCCAUACAAACACCCAUUACCAGUUACCGACAAACGGAGAUAAAACUGGCGGAGAUGCCAGACAGCAACAGUCUGGUGGAUUCAGUGCCACCACAGCCACCAGCUCCAACUGCCCAGCCGCUGAGCAGCAACACACAGCAGCCCAAGAGUAUACUUAAGCACAAUCGGUAUUCCGAAGGCGGGGUUGGUCCCAGUGGGGCACCCUCAUCGCCAUCGAAGUCGCAGAAAUCCGCAAGUUUUGCGGACGAGCGACAUCUGCACACUGAGCAUCCGAUAUCUAAUCUAGCGAAGGAGCUUAAUCAGCUCACAAUGCUUGAUAAGGACAAUAACAACGAGACUCUGGAUGCUGUUGUGCCGCCACCUCCACCGCCAGAAAGGAACAGUUCUUAUUUGAUCAUGUCACAGCAGAAACUGCGAGGCAGCACUGGAAACGCGACCUCGUCCAUGGGCCUACUGAAAACGGCCACCAGCAAUCAGGCCGCAGCUGCCGUAGAGAUUAAAAAGGCAUCUCUUCUCAACACUCAAACUAAUAAUAACAACAAUUUGAGUGGGAGCUUAAACAACAACACCAUGCAUGGAUCACCACUCAGCGCCAUGGAGCUAAAUGCCGCCUAUGUUUCGGCCACGGGAACAGGAAUAAUUGGAGGAUUGGGCACACCGCCUCCGCCGCCACCGUUGAUGCAAAGGGACAACAAGCGGGUGAGCUUCCAUGAUGAAGAGAAUAAUUUUGUGAGCGGGAAUAGCCAGCAACAACAGCUGCAGCAGCAAUAUAUUAUGGAUAAUUACGGUAUGGAGCAUCAGGAUUUGGACACUAUCAGAGAGGAUACGAGUUAUCUGCAACACAAUCUCGACGCCUCCAUGCUGCCAUCUAUGCCAGCCACUCCAGAUGCUGCCCUCUGGAACACCUCAGUGCAAUCCACUCCAGGCGUCAUUGGAGCUCAAGAAGUGUACAGAGAUCCUCGUACGCGUCGACUGGCGGAGAAACAGCAGCAGCAACAGCAACAACGGGCUGGAGAUGCGGUGCCCGAAAAGCUGUCGUUCAAGGAGAAGAUGAAGAUGUUUGCCCUGGAGUCGGGGGAAGAUAAGACGCCCAAGGACAAACUGAAAAUAUCGCGAGCCCAACGAGAUAUAGACGCGGUGCACUAAGAAGAAGGGAUCGUUGCUUAAUGCUAUGUACAUACAGACCAGAAUCCACAAAGCUUACACUUCAAUAUAUUGGGGGCCAAGUUGUUACGUUAGCUCUACAUAACAAAACACACACAUAGAUAUAUAGGUCAUGUUAUAUAUGUCGGAACACUUUAGAAACAAAUAAACCUAACGAAUUUGCUUAGCAAGGCAAUAACAAUCCAUAGUUAUCGCGUUUCAGAGUUAAUAACCAUACACAAAAUGUUAACUGAUUUCAAUUAGUGAGAAUGUCAGUGUAUAUCAUUAUAGUCUAUAUAUACUAUGUUUAUAUAUACAAAACUGUAACGAGCCUAGACAUGGCAACGAAAGCAAGGCGAGCCACAUUUGUAAAGCGUUUUAAACAAGUAACUUUAAACUUAACCUUACGAUUAACAAUUUGUUACAUCAGAUUAUGGCAUACGAUUUAUGAUUAGACGGCAGUGUAAAUGAGCAAAGUUAGUUUAGAUAUUCAUAUACUUACCUGGAAACCGUGCGGAACAAGAAACGUUAUAUAUAUAUAUAUAUACUGUAUCCAUUAGAGAGCCACAACAGCGGUAAAACAAAUGGUCCAAUUAUUCAAUUAUUAAAGUUAUAUUUACAAACCAUGAACUAAUGAGUAAUGAAAAAUUUAUAGCUCACUUAUAUAUUUUUAAUUACUGCAACCAUUUUAAACACCUUUUGAAUGCAAGAAUGGCAAAACCAAGAGCGUGUAAAGUUCGAAUACGCAUAGAGAAUAACCAAUUAAAAUUACACGAUACCCUAAUGGCUUUAAAAUUAUAACAAAAGAAUGACUUCGGCAGGCCGAGGAGUAUAUACCCUUGCAACGAAAUCAGAUAAUUUUAUGAAGUAUAAGUCCGAUACGUCCCAAACUCAGAACCAUGUUUUACUGAACCUUUCAUUUGGACAAAAAAUGUAUGAAAUUUCAAUAAAAACUAUACUAACUUAAUGUACUUUAAUAAUCACUGCAAGGGUAUAUGAAAUUAAAAUGUAUUUGAAAACCGACCACAAAGGUGACAAAAUAUUUUUGUGCAUUCCAAGUAUUUCAAAUCGAAACUAAAUUCUAAUUUAUAAGACGAGAUUUAUUUAAAAAUAAACCGAUAUUUUUUAAAUGAUUAUUAUAAAAGUAAAAAAUAAAAUGCAAUCGAUGCACGAAUACAUUCUGUAAAAAGAACUUCGUUUAGUUCUAUGUUAAGCGCAUUUGGGGUUACAAAAUUCAAUUACAUAUACUAUAUCCAAAACCCAAACAAAUUCUGCAACGCAAAUGUGCAUAUUUAUGAGAAAUAAAAAGUUAAUUAUAUCAAAAUCAAAAACCCGAAGCCGUAACACGCCAAUGAAUGUUUUGGUAUUUACAAAUCCAUUCAAAAGUGAGAUAUAUUUUGGGACUAGUGUCGAAGAGCAUUUUUAAAUUAAUUUUUAAAUGGAAAAUAAUUUAUUAUAUAUAUUGAUAUUGAUUGUAAAAGUUGCUAGUUUAUAUAAAAAUCUAUCUAUCUAUCUAUCUUCUAUCUUGCCACAAAUUGUAAAACCGGCUGUUUAAUGAGAACAGUUUUGAUUUCGCGCUAAGAAAAAUUCAAAUUCGACGGUCCUGCGCACUACGCACCUACUUAACUGUUCCCGGUUAUCAACAGGUUCUGGAAAUGACCUACCUAAAUAUAUUUUUCAUGAAACUGGCAAAAGGCAGUAAGGCGGCUGACAAGUUAUUGGCCUUUGCCGCAGCUGGGAAGAUGGUCAAAGAACUUUAAAUCAAAGUUUGCGCGGUGCACAUAAAUGCGGACCAAGUUGAAGAAUGCCUUUUGCGAUUUAUGCUUACACUGAAACAAAACGAUAUGACCUCGUUGGCAACUUUAGCUUUGAAUGUCCAAAUAUGUACUUAGAUUUUAGGUUAUUUAACUUCAAAUGUCAAGAUUUUGAAUAGAAUCACAUCUUGAAGCUCCUUAAAACUGCGCAGGGUAUGCAGUAGUCAGGCUCAUUGUAUUGCAUUUGAGCUAGAUGUAAGAAACAGAAAUAAUUUUCGUUGUUAAAUUAUUUUCUAAAAGUAAAAUCUUCUUUACUGUUUUAGAAGUUGUUUAAAAAGUGCCACAAUGUUUUUAAGUCCAUGUAUCAUCUAGAAGGUGACUUCUUUAAACUACAGGAAAACGUAUCACUUCGUUGCACAAUAGAAGAGUUAAAAGCUAUGUUUUAGUAUUCAUUUAUUUGAAUUACGCUGGUUCAGUUUAUUUCACUUCAGUGAUAUACCGGCUUUAGGCCGCUUCAUUAAGUAUUUUCCGAAAGUUUUCAGAGGCCUCACACAAAAUAAUUUAAAAGUCAACGUGCAAACUUUAACCACUUGCUCAAACAGGAAUCAUUGGGCCAGGACCCGAGAUCCGAAGCCAGUGCCCACGGCGAAGUGAAUUGCCGAUAUAAGGCGAGGGUGUCCUUAAAGCGCAUCCGAAGGAAAUCCCUUUUGGCGUCGCGUGUGCGGGCGAAAUUUAUAUUUCAGCAGUUUGCCAUGUGAAUUAUUAAAAUGCGCCAAUCUCUUUGAUACAGCACAACCAUUGGGGAUUGGGCCAUAAUCAGUUGGCUGAGCGGAAUGAACUUUAAGAAAUUGUUGACAGUUUGCCGCAAGGCAUUCGAAUUGCCAGCCGCGGAAUUUUUCAAUAUUCGCGAGAGCUAAUCCCCCGCAGACUCCCGAUCCGCCGCUGUCAAUAUCCCCCAGCUGGCGGUGGCGACACCGCAGAAGCAACAGGGAAAACUGCAGGAAAAAUGCGGGACAGCCACAGAGUGGAAAGAAAAAUAUGAACUGUGGGGAAAAGUUUCAGGAUGCGGCGGCCAUGGCGAAUAAAUCAAAAAGUGAUUAGCCCAGUCUCCUCCGCCGCCUAUCCUUUUCCCAGCUUCACAGUUCAGCAGAUCCAUAGCUCCUCAGCUCCACAGCUCCGCAGCUUCUCCUGGCUUUCUCACGCCAUCUGUCCAGUUGUAAAUAGUCUGUUGAGUGGCCGAUGGGGCAGGACGAGGGUGAUGGCGAUGGAGAGGAGGAGAGGAGGAGUCCAAGGUGUGCGAACCUGGAAUGUGGGCCAGCUUUGGCAGGGGGAUUCAAACUUGGCCAUAAAACUUUCGCCGCAUCUUGGCCACGGUUGCUGAGGCUCUCUUUUCUGGUCAGUGGCGGCUUGAUAAAUGAGCAGCGUAAAGUGCGCGGCAAUCAGAAAAAUCGCACAAAAUUAUAGUUGGGCAGGCCAUAAAACAAUGGCCAAGGCGAAACAAUGGCCAAGACAAUGGUAGUUUUUCUCAAUUGCUCCUCUUUUCUUGGUUUUUUAUUUGCGUGUGCCUUCAUCCCCUAAGUCUUCAUGACCCCCCCCCCCCCUUCCACCGUCCACCUUCCCACGAGUUAUGACAAGUUCUCCUAUUUGCAUUUUAAAAUAUACACAUAAUUUUCCGGCAAAAAAUUAACAGAGCUGCAUGGGUUGCUUCAUGGAGUGAGUAUCUCAUUUAAAUAAGUGAGGAUUGGUGUUAAGGAGCUUAGCUUGAAAAAGGUAAGAGAACUUAGAGGCUCAGUCUAAAAGGCUACAAAUGAGCAUUAGUAGGACCAUGAAAUAUGUAAAUUAAAGUGGGAGGCUUGACAAUAAAACUAAAGUUCUGCAGAAAGGAUGAGACCUUUUAGGUUGAACAGAAAUAAACAUGAAAGAGGAAAAUAUUUUAACAAUUAGUUCUUUAUUAAGUAGUAUCAGUUGCUUUACAUCUUUAAAAGUUGAAAUACUUUUUGCUAAUAUAGUUCACAUUUCAAGUAUUGUUCUUUUUACAAUUUAAUGGG